GGAAGGAGCGAGCGGCGGCGGCGGCGCCUUCCGGGGCGGGGCCGAGAGGAGCCGAGCGGAACCGAGCAGGGCCGAGCGGAACCGAGCGGAACCGAGCGGAACCGAGCAGGGCCGAGCGGAACCGAGCGGGGCCGAGCCGAGCCGAGCGGAACCAUGAUGGCGCAGCGGGCUCUCCCCAACCCCUACGAGGACUAUGACAAGUCCUUGGCCACCGGCUACUUCGACGCGGCCGGGCGGCUGACCCCCGAAUUCACGCAGCGGCUGAAUAACAAGAUCAGGGAGCUGCUGCAGCAGAUGGAGAGGGGCCUCAAGUCGGCCGACCCGCAUGACUGCACCGCCUACACUGGCUGGACAGGCAUUGCUUUGCUGUAUUUGCACCUGCAUGAUGUGUAUGGAGACCCAGCCUACCUUCAGGUGGCCCAUGAGUAUGUGAAGAAGAGCCUGAGGUGCAUGACCAGGAGAUCCAUCACUUUCCUCUGUGGUGAUGCUGGGCCCCUGGCAGUGGCUGCUGUCAUCUACCACAAGCUGCAGAACCAGAAGCAGGCAGAGGACUGCAUCAUCCGUUUGCUCCACCUGCUCAAGGCUGACCCCCGAGUGCCGGAUGAGCUGCUCUAUGGGCGCAUGGGUUAUCUCUCUGCACUGAUAUUUGUGAACAAGCACUUUGGAGAGGAGAAGAUCCCUCAGAGUCACAUCCAGCAGGUCUGCGAAGCAGUUGUAGCCUCAGGAGAGAACUUAGCCAAAAAGAGGAACUUCACAGCAAAGAGCCCACUGAUGUUUGAGUGGUACCAGGAGUACUAUGUAGGAGCAGCCCAUGGUUUGGCUGGGAUUUACUACUAUCUCAUGCAGCCUGGCUUUGGAGUGAGCCAAGUAAAGCUGCACAACACAGUCAAGCCCAGUGUGGACUAUGUCUGCCAGCUCAAGUUCCCAUCUGGGAAUUACCCUCCAUGUAUUGGUGACACCAGAGACCUACUCGUCCACUGGUGCCAUGGAGCACCAGGUGUAAUCUACAUGCUUGUCCAGGCAUACAAGGUCUUUGGGGAGCAGCAGUACCUGAAUGAUGCCCUGCAGUGUGCAGAAGUGAUCUGGCAGCAUGGGCUGCUGAAGAAAGGCUAUGGACUGUGCCAUGGCACAGCUGGCAAUGCUUAUGCCUUCCUGGCACUGUACAACCUCACUAAGAACAUGAAAUACCUCUACAGGGCCUGCAAGUUUGCAGAGUGGUGUUUAAGCUAUGGGCAGCAUGGGUGCCGGACUCCUGACACACCAUUCUCUCUCUUUGAAGGAAUGGCUGGAACAAUUUACUUUCUUGCUGACCUGCUGGUGCCUACCAAGGCCAAGUUCCCUGCAUUUGAACUCUAAAUCUGGAUCCUGCUUGGCAGUUUGCUGCCCUGUAUCCUUCUGCACUUGGAAAUGCAGUUCAAGGCUGCUUCCUCCUUUUAUCAGACUCACCAUUGUUCACCUAACUGAACGUGAAUCCAUCCUCCUGAGGGCAUGCUGAGUUCUCUAACAUUUCUAGUUGUCUCAUUACAUUGUUUGGUGUAAAAAACAGAAUGCAGCUUUUGUUGGUGUCCCUUAAAAACUCAGGGCUGCAGUUGGGAGCUGGGAGAACUGUACAGUAUUUUGUUUGCUACAGAGUUUUGCUAUUUCCUGUAUCCCAUUUCCUGGGGAGAAGUUUUCUAUUGAAUGUAACCUGGGCUAUUUAAUUUCUUUUUGUGGUAACAAAUAGUUGCAGGAAUCUAGCUGCCUUUGGAGUACAACAGAUGGAAAACAGAUACUAUUGCCCUGGAAGUUGUUUUCAAGUGUUUUCUUUCUGUGCACCCAGAGAGCAGAUGGUUCAGUAUCUGGGGCUGUGCCACAUGAAGUGAAUGUGAUGGACUGUGGAGUCUUAUGUAUAUUUUUAAUAUCUUAUUGCAGCUGGCAGAGCUGGAACUGACAUGCCAAAGGCUUUUCCUGAGUUUGCACCUCUCUGCUCUAAAGGCAAAGGCUGUGGAUAGCUCUUCUGUGCAUUUGUUCCAGUGACAGACAAAUAAUCCACUGCCAUCUUACAUUAAACCUUGCUAGUCCAUUGGUCAUCCAGUGGCAAACUCCAGUCCAAAAGUGAGCUAAGCAUGCUUGCUUUUGUGGUCUCUUCUUGUAGCUUUGAGAGUUUAUUUUGCAGUCUUUAUUUAAAUUUGUGUAUUAGGUGGUGCCAGGUGCCCACCAGCAGCAACAAGGGAAAAGAAAUGUAUGUGACUGAGCUCUGAUAAUUUUUAGCCUAUUAACUGUAUAGAUGUUAUUUAUAUGUUUUUUUUGUAAGCUUUCCCAAACCUGGAUAAUUUGUUUGCCUUGCUUGUUGUAGUUUGAUUUGCAACCACUCAUCUACCCAACUGGAAAUCUGCACUAGGCUAACUGGCUUUGAUGUGUCAGGCAGAUCAGGUACUUGCAGGGAGUAAAUCUGCCUUUCCAGCCUUAGCUGAUGUUUCACCAAUUCACAGAAAUUUGGGGCCUGACUCUGUAAACCAAUUUCUUAGCACUGAGCAUGAGCUGCACACUGAGCUCAGGGAAGUUUACAGAUGCAGCCACACAGCUUGGUGCUGUUUGAGGGUAGUUCCUCAGCCUGCACCAGUGUGGCCAUGGGUUUUGAUCUUUCAGGGGCUGAGCUGCUGGGUGCCUCCACUCCCAGAAGGGCAGGGGAGAAAUAGCAGGGCUGCACAGGCACUCUGCUGGACCAGCAAUGGCAGAGCAGGACCACCAAAGCUGGCACAGUCACACUCAUACGUGCCUGGGGGCAGGGCAGCUGAGCCCCAGGGGCACAGGGAGCCCCUUGAGAACCACCUGGGUAAGCAAGGAGCAGAAACCAGCCCUGGAAGGCUGACUUGUUUCCUCAAAGCCCACACUCCUGCUGCCCUCCCAGCUUUCUGAAAGUCCAACAAAAGACAGCCUGAAUUGCAGACAAGCUCAUCUCCUUGAGGGUGGGCAUCCCUGUCAGAAGGCUCAGACUCAUGUGGGCUCAGCAGCAGGGAUCCCCUGCCAUUCACAGCACCUAAGCAGCACAGGGAGGUGAGUGGGAAGCAGAGAGGAGUUGCCUAAUCCAGCAGUAAUUGAGGUUACCUCUCAGCUUGGCUGGUGUGAUGGCAGUGCAGGGACACUGCUCUGAGCCUGGGUUUCUCCUGGGCACCACUUCUGUAAAAGGAGAUGGUUUGUGUAGCCUGGGUCAUGGUGGCAUGAGAGCAUAAUGUCCCAGGGUUUGUACACUGAUCAGGGGAGCAUCAGGGCCAUGUGUACAGCUGCUGAGUGAAGCACUCUCUAAUAAAAAGGCUGAAACAACCA